UUGAAGCCAUGAACAUCCAAAACUUCAUCACCAUCUUCAUUCUUCUCCUUUCUCUCCUUUAUCUCUCCCCUUCCAUCCAUGCAAGACCUCUCAUUAAUGCCAAGUCCUCCAACAUCUCCGCUGUCUUCGCCUUCGGUGACUCAACCCUAGACUCCGGCAACAAUGACAAGCUACUAACCCUAGUCCGAGCAGACCACCCUCCCUACGGCCAAAACUUCCCCGGCCGGGUACCAACCGGCAGGUUCUCUAAUGGUAAACUCAUCACUGACUUUCUCACAUCUGCUAUCCAUUUAAAGGAUGCAUUGCCACCCAACUUGGCCAUCGGCCUCUCUGCCGAUGACUUAUCGACUGGCCUGAGUUUCGCUUCGGCCGGGUCCGGUUACGAUGAUCUCACAGCACAAUCAUCAGUAGUUUUAACGAUGGACCAACAAUUACGAUACUUCAGUGAUUAUAUGCGAAGAAUGAGUAUUGCAGGGAAAGAUAAUAAGUUUCUAAGCGAUGCAGUGUUUGUCAUUGGAGCCGGCUCUAAUGACAUGAUCAUGAACUUCUAUACUCUUCCAGUGAGGAAAUCUACUUACACCUUGGAUCAAUACCAGGAUUUCUUACAAUCUAAACUCUCUUCUUUUGUUAAGGAAUUGUAUAACAUGGGUGGCAGAAAAUUCACAGUAGCUGGCCUUCCUCCACUUGGAUGCAUUCCAUUUCAAAUCACAAAUCAUAUUAAUACAAGGCCAGGACCCCCAGGAGUACCCCGAAGCCGAGCUUGUGUCGAUGAGCAGAAUGACGAUGCCAUGAAAUAUAAUACUAAACUGCAAACAACACUAAAUGAUCUGCGAAAAUCGCUUCCGGACUCGAAAAUCGUCUAUGUGGACAUAUACAAUCCUAUGAUGGAUAUGAUCAAUAACCCUACAAAAUAUGGGUUUACUGAGACAACACUUGGUUGCUGUGGAACUGGAACUAUGGAGAUGGGACCUCUAUGCAGCAUACCUCUUCCAACUUGCCCUGAUCCUUCAAAGUUCAUGUUCUGGGACUCGGUACAUCCAUCGGAGGCGGCAUACAAAGCUCUUGCCGAUGAAUUCAUGCAGACUGUGCUCCCCCAACUCACUUAGUGUUUGAUUAAUUAGCUCAUUCCUUUUAGUAUUAGUUUUAUUUUAGUACUAGUUUUUAUCUCAGUUAUUAUUCUUUUGAACAUUAUGCCAUAUAGA